AUGGGGCGAGGAGGUGUCUCUGGCGCCCUGCUAUCGGACAGAAACUACAGCACUUCUCGAUCUGCCGACGGCCCGGACCCCCAAGAGGCGCAACUGGACUACCGCAAAUUUCUAGACAUGCUACGCCAUGACAAUGAUUUAGUCGAAAUCAACACCGAGGUCGAUCCUCAUUUGGAACUUGGCGCAAUUAUUCGGCGUGUCAGCGAGGUCAAUGACAAAGCCCCUCUCUUCAACAACCUAAAGGGUGCUCGGGACGGUCUAUGGCGCGUCGCCGGAAACGCUGCCAGUCUUCGACCGAACGAGAAGGACAGAUAUGGUCGAAUAGCUAGGAGUCUUGGCUUGGAGCCUACCGCCAGUUGGAAGGAGAUAUGCCACAGAUGGCAAUCCGGCAAAAGGGCCAAAGUCCUGCCACCUAAUGUGCUCCCAACAGGCCCAUGCAAGGACAAUAAGAUUAUCGGAAACAAGGUUGAUCUCACUACUCUUCCGGUGCCUUUCCUUCACACCGGCGAUGGAGGCAAGUACAUCCAGACGUACGGUGUACAUGUCCUUCAAAUGCCUGACGGCUCUUGGACGAACUGGUCUAUCUUCCGCGGCAUGGUCUAUGAUAAGAAUCGUAUAGUCUGUCUUGUCGGUGGUGGCCAACACAAUUCCAUGAUCCGUAAUGCCUGGUUGGCUGCGGGCAAAAAAGAAGUUCCCUGGGCCUUGGCCUUUGGUAUUCCUCCAGCUGCAUCCUUGGCAGCUGCCAUGCCAGUACCAGAGGGCGUUUCUGAAGCUGAAUAUGUUGGUGCAUUAGUCGGCAAGCCGCUUGAUCUUGUCAAAUGCGAGCUCAACAAUCUCCUUGUCCCUGCCAACUCGGAGAUAGUUUUCGAGGGUACACUUUCACUGACUGAUAAGGCUUAUGAAGGUCCCUUUGAGGAUUAUCUCGGGGUGAUUUUUGAGGGCGAUCAACGCAUGCAGCCUCUCUUCACUGUUGACGCCAUUACAUAUCGCAACGAUGCUAUCAUGCCUGUGUCUGUGCCGGGCCGUAUCACAGAUGAAUCGCACACAACAGCAGCACUUGCAUCUGCCGAGCUUCUCGAGCUGCUACAACGCGAAGGACUUCCGAUCAAAGAGGCUAACUGUCCCCUCGAGACAUAUGCCACAUGGUGUGCCCUGCAGGUCGACACAAAGAAACUGGGAGACAUGAAAACUAGUUCGGCCGAGCUUUGUAAAAAGAUAGGUGACCUUGCCUUCAAAGACAAGAGUUGUAUGCUUGUCAACCGUAUCAUCUUGAUUGGCGACGACAUCGACGUCUUCAACUGGAAUGAUGUCAUGUGGGCUAUAGUCACUCGAUGUCGCCCUGGGAAGGACGAGACUCUAUUCGAGGAAGUUAGAGGUCAUCCCAUUACGCCUUACAUGUCCCACGGGCCACACGGCAAUCCGACUCAGGGUGGUAAGAUUGUUUCAGACUGUUUGAUGCCGAUUGAGUAUCAUGGAAAGAAGAAUUUCAGGGAAUGUAGCUUCAAUAAGUCGUACCCGGAUCACAUAAAGGACAAGAUUCAGGCAGGAUGGAAGGGUAUGGGCUUUUCUGUGCUAUCAUGA